GCUGCUGCUACUGUUGCCGCUUCCACCCGUGUUCGCAGCUCAGCAACUCGGAACAGAACCUGCAGAUUGGGCUGCGCAGCGUGGGAGGGAUUCGCGAGCUUGGAUCCGAACUUGCCAGGGACCGCGACUCUCCCUGGCCUGCAGAGUGUGAACAGGAUUGUAGACUCUUCUACAAUUGCAAAGAUUUGCAAUGAUAUGGUGAAGCCAAAGGCUGGAACCAAAAAGAUUUUCUCAGCUCUUUAGUUUUAACAACAGUGAAUUGUCUACCAACACACAUCAUGGCUAAAAGUGCAGAGGUCAAACUGGCAAUAUUUGGGAGAGCAGGAGUGGGCAAGUCAGCUCUUGUGGUGAGAUUCCUGACCAAACGGUUCAUCUGGGAAUAUGAUCCCACCCUUGAGUCAACCUACCGACACCAAGCAACCAUUGAUGAUGAAGUCGUUUCCAUGGAGAUACUAGAUACUGCUGGACAGGAAGACACCAUUCAGAGGGAAGGACACAUGCGAUGGGGGGAAGGCUUUGUGCUGGUCUAUGACAUUACUGACCGAGGAAGCUUUGAGGAAGUGCUCCCACUUAAGAACAUCCUGGAUGAGAUAAAAAAGCCCAAGAAUGUGACUCUCAUCUUGGUUGGGAACAAGGCAGACUUGGACCACUCCCGACAGGUUAGUACAGAAGAAGGGGAGAAGCUGGCCACAGAGUUGGCAUGUGCUUUUUAUGAGUGUUCUGCCUGCACUGGAGAAGGAAACAUCACCGAGAUAUUCUACGAGCUGUGCCGGGAGGUGCGUCGCCGGAGGAUGGUCCAGGGCAAGACGAGGCGACGUAGCUCCACUACACACGUCAAGCAGGCCAUUAACAAGAUGCUCACCAAAAUCAGUAGCUAGGUAGCUCUGCCCCUGAGGAAGCCCUGCUGAGGUGGGUCAGGUAAUUGGAAACAUACUCUCACCCAUUUCUUCCCUUCUAAAAAUAAGUCAAAAUACUCCAUUCCUUGUUUUGACUCUGGGAAAUAUUUGGGCUUCCCAUUGUUACCAGCCUUCCAUAUAUUGGGAGGUUUAAGAGUGUUUUAUGCAAUCACAAUGCUGACAGUAUCCCUCUUUCUUGCUUGAAUACAUAUACUUCAAUGCAGUUUGAACAUUCAGUUCUGAAAUGGUUGGGUUCAUAUUAAACUAUCUUUAGGCAUCUUCACUUGAAGUCUUUUCAAAGGCAUUUUUAAAUUUCUCGUCAAAGACAGCAAAAUGAUUAUCUUAACAGUCUAAGAUAAUAGAAUAUACAGUAAAAACAGAGGAAGGAUAAUUUAGUUAUUAGAGCAGUUAUUAAAACAUUUGAAGUGAGGAUUUUCUGAAUUAUCUUAAGUCAUGUAUUUUAGUCCUUUAUUUGGCUCUUAAAUGCAAACAUAUUCUAAGGUUUUCCUCUGUAAUAUAGAGAGUUCCAUUUCAACUUGAGUUGCUUCUCUCAAUGAUCAAUAGAUCAUUGCACUCUAAUUUUCUACCUUAGUUUAAACACUAUUUUAAUUUUAACAACAAAGGCAGUAGGACCCCACAGUCCAGAUCCUACUAGGCCAUUUCUCACCAAUUUCAGUGUGGUACAAACACAUUAGCAAUCUUUUCACCAAACCCUGGCUUUAUUGAAUGCUAGUAGAGGAUUUAAUGUUAAACAUGCCUGCCUAAUUUCUCUACUUUAACCACCUAAGUAGAGAGACAGAACAGGAAACAAGAAUGAAGCUUAACUACUCUUCCAUUGGAGAGUCUAAGCUCUGUGUCAGAUACAGACAGAAAAAUUAGCCUCCAAUUCAUUGAGUUGACCACAUGACUUCUUUUAAUAUUUUGGGUAAAUUAACUGAGUUAGGAGAAUUCAGAAAAGAAUGGAUGGUUAAAGUUUACUAUACCUGAAAAAAUGUAUGUAAAACAGAUUUUUGUAUUGUGAAAGUGUAGUAUAUAAUUGCUACAACUUUAUGAUUCUUUCCUCCCUGUUAUGCCCCUAUAUAUCAAGAUUUGGGCACUUUAUUUUAGAAGAAAAUAUAUAUCUUUUACAUACAUAUGUAUUUAUAAAUGCAUAGAUAUGUGUAUAAAAAUUUGUAAGAGUUGGAAGCUUUAAUUCACCAAUGCAUUUGGACAACUUGGUGUAGCUGACUUUAUUUUAUGUGAACGUAAUAAAAAAGCCUCAUUUUCACAUUCUGUCACCUCCUGGCAAUCUUCUUGUGAUAACAUGAAGGAUUUGAAAUUUUGGGAGAGACAAUUGAAUUGCAGAGUUGAUGAAUCAGUGAACCUGAUAUAAAAUGAGCUCCUGUUCAUAAUAAUAGCUAAUACUUUCGGAGUGCUAUUUUAAGCACUUUAUUAUCUCUCAUCAAAUUCUCAUAAAUACUGUAUGUAAGAGAUAGUACUAUAGCCAUAAUUACAGAGAGAUGAAGAUACUGAGACACAACAAAAAAAUGUAAUUUAACCAAUUUUGCACAGCUAUUUAGUGGUAGAGGCAAGAUUUGAACCCUUUGAGUCAGACUAUUAUCCACUACAGUUCUGGUCCAUUAGCUGCGGGGAUGAAGACACAGAAGCAGGUAAUAUAGGGAAGACUUGUUUCAUUUAUGCAUGCAUUCAUUAACCAACAAAUACAUGUUGAGGCUCUCAACAUAUGUUGAGCACGUAACUUCACACGAGUUAGUCCAUUUGAUAAGUCUGAGCUAAACCUUGAAGGAUAUACAUGACUUAUCCAGGAAAGAAAGAUGGUGAAAAUAUUCUAGACAGAGGGAAUAGCAUGAAACCAAAAUACAGAGACAUGAAAAGUGAUGAUGGGUGUGGUAAUUGAAAGCAAUUUGGAGGGCCAGAAUAUCAUAUUUAGGAGUAAAAAGGAAAGGAUAGCAGAAGGAAGGAAUUAAGAGAAAGAAAAAAAUAUGGAGGUAGGAGAUAAAAAGUUAAAAAUGCAUACUUAUGCAAGCUUACUUAACUAAUUAAGAGACCAAGUAGGUAAACUCAGCUGUGAUUUAUUUUCAGUAAUAUAAUGAGGUAGGGGAAAUGGAAGCUGACUAAAAGAUUUUUUUUUUUUUACCAUGUUCUAGAAUGACAGUCUCUUUCAUUCUCCCAUAUCUACACUUGAGAAUACAGUUCAGCCAGUUCCUAUUAAGAUCAAGCUCCUAAGGAGGCAUUGUGAAAUACCCAGGUACCACAUUUGUGUCAAAAACCAAGUGCAAUGCACAGCCACCAGCAGCUUUCCCAGAUAUGAGUACAAAUCCAGCCCUGUUAAAAAUCAUAGACCCACUGGCAUAAGUCCCAGCUGGUAAUUACAAAAGCAGAACAUGGGAUUGCGCCAAUAUACAUUAGUAAUUCCUCUGAUGCUCCAGGCUUCUCCACAAACCAAGGUUAUAAACAAGCUAAUCCUACUAAAUUGUUUGGAAGCUGAGCUUCAUUUUCAUGAACGCCAAUGAAGCAAGACUGACAUUGGAAAGAGUAGGAAUAUGGUUUUAUUUUCAGUGUUAAUAGCAUAUCAUUCAUCUGGUCAUGAUGAAGUAAAGCAACUGGAUUUACCCUCACACAGAAAACUAGAAACAACCAGACAAAAUACAUAAAACAAUGCCUUUCAGAAACAAGGUAAAUCCAGCUUACUUCCAGGUAGUAGGUU